GACAGCCGGCGCAAAGGCGAGGAGAGAAGCGGGAGACCGAGCUUUCUCCUCAAGCUCCGGCCACAACAGGGCGGGGAGGGGCGGGGCGGGGGUCGCAAAGGACUUCUUCCCGCCGGAGUCGGAGCCACCUUUCCCGGGAAACCGCCGGGCGGACGGAGCCCUCUCGCCCGCGAUCCCCAGCCGGUGAAGCCUUCCGAUGCCUUUGUUCUAAUGCCAUCUGCCUGUACUCAGCUAGCUGUACCUUGAAUUUACUACAAUCCGCCUGUUUCCUCUGCUCCGAGCCAGCCGGGAAUUGAACAACCCAAGCUCUUAGCCUAAAGAAGAACCAUGCCUCUGGAAGACGAUGAGCUCAGCUGGAAAAAAACAGCAGAAGACAUCCGGGAAAUCUAUGAAUUUCGGGAGGUGCUGGGCACAGGCGCCUUCUCAGAGGUGGUGCUGGCAGAAGAGAAAUCGACUCAGAAAUUGGUGGCCAUCAAAUGCAUUGCCAAGAAGGUGCUAGAAGGAAAAGAGACCAGCAUUGAAAACGAGAUUGCCGUGCUGCACAAGUGCGUGGUACCUUCUCCUCAUUUCUCAUUUUCUUCCUUCCCUUAUGAGUCUGGCUCGGAAAAAUAGAUACUGGAUCUUUUCCGAACUGGGACCAAUCAACUUGUUUUGGAAAGCUUAGAAGCAAGGCAAACCAGGAGCAACUAAUCUCUAUUGCAGGAGUGUCAAACUCAAGCCUCGUGGGCCGCAUCUGGGCCCAUGGGCUGCUUAGAUCCGGCCCAUGGGGCCGGAUUGGAAACAGCAAAGGACCGGCCCAC